UUGAUGCUGAACACCAACUGCCGUUCCAAAUCGAAUCCUCAAACUGCCUAUUCUUUCUUUCUUUUUUUCUGUUCUUUGUUUUUCAACGGUGCGGGAUCGAAGCUGCGAUGGAUCCGAAUCUCCCUCUUCAAAGAUUGAUGGAAAGAAGCGCUGGUAAACAAGACCGGUGCUAAUUCCAUCUCGAAGAGAAGAAAUCAUCAACACAGUAUAUAUACACCCCCCGGUUGUUUGUCGUGCAGCCCGAUAUACGUGUUCUCCAUCCAUCCAUCCAGCCCGUCCCCGCUGAAACCACUCGUGAGACCAUCUGUACCAUCACCCAUCAUCCAUGGACGAGUUCCAGCGGACCAAAACCAUGCCCUGUUGCUCGACUCAACUCGACUCGGUUGCCUGCAUACUCGGUGCUUCUCAUUUUCCCGACGACGUGGUGGGUGCUGCGAUGCAAUGGAACAACCAGAACAAAGUCUAUCCGUUUCCCCGACGGCGUAAUAUCCAGAAUCCCACAACUCCCUAUUCUCUUUUUCUCGGCGGGUAUUCCUUGAUGAUGAUGAUGAUGAUGAUGAUGAUAUAAAGUUGUCGUGCUCGCGUAUGCAUGUUGUGAGAUAACACAAGGACGGGGCCAGGAAUCGAUAUCCAUCAUGGUAGGUACCUGCAUACAUAUGUUAAGGUAGUGUAGUUGUUGACGAGCCGAGCCGGGCCGGUGGGAUUCGUCCGUCCGUCUCUAUUGCACAUGCAUCCAUUUCCAUCUAUUCCUCGUUCAACUCACGUACUUAUACACCACCACUGCUAUCCCCAUCUUAACUCAUUCGAUGGAAAUGACAUUAACUGUACCCCAUCUCUCAAAACCUGCCCGUUCCAGACAAAAAAAAAAGUCAGUGAGUAUCAUAAAAGUGUUCAUCUGUAUGGAGGUAUGUAUUCAAAACGAAUCAAAACACUCCCCUCUCCGUGGAACAACAACCCCCCACACCCCAACAAUA